ACAUUCCAGAUUCCAUUUCCAGUGAGCAGUUAUGAACGUGAACGUGUUGAUAAACUGUAAGUGGCUUCAACGCGACCGCGUCAUGGAUCCAAAUACCACAGCGGCAAGGGAUAGAGAAACAAGCAUCAGUGCAGCCAAUCCCUUCAAGGGGGUCAAUUAUUCCUGAAGACUUAAAAGACACGCUUUUUCUGUAAGUCUAAUUCCACUUCAUUCAAAUCUUGGCUUGAAAUCUUCUUGUCCAUUUGUUGGUUGUGUCGGCUACUUAGGAACAAAGCGCGUCGUAUACAUCUCGUGGCUCCUCACUAUCAACCCUGAGCUAAAGCAAUCCACGGAGUACGCAUCCGCACCAAACUACACAGUCACACAAAGCUCAAAAUGAAGCUCUUCACCAUCCUCACUACCACUCUCCUGGGCUCUGUCUCCCUUGUCGCAGCCAACGGUGCCCAGUGGAGUUGCGAUAUCGCUCAAGAUGGCUCUGGACUUCCGCAGCAGCCCAUGUGCUGUAACAGCACAAGCCGUCCCAACAACAAGCAGGGCUCAGAAUCAGUCGUAGGAGCCGACUGUUUCCAGGUCCCCCUUACCGAAAACAAGAUCUGCCCCGGUAGAAAGCCGUUGUUGUGCUGCUACUCAAUUGGUCCGCAAAAUGUGUGCACGUCCUUCCCAAAGUGGGGGAACCCUGAUGACAUGUAACGGAUUCGAUGGCUAUGACACUAUGUUUCUUUAUUACGUCGCAAUUUUCAUCCUUGAGUGUUGGGGCCGCGGGCACACGCCAUGCUGAGCUUCAAGAUUCAUGCAUGGGAAUAAGGAAAGUUGAUGGGAUGGGUCUGUUGAACGUGAUCAAUAUCCUGAAGGUUUUAUCUGUUAAGUCUAGGCAUGACUAGCGGGAAAUAGGAGAUAUGGUUCUAAUUAUGAAAAACUUCUAAGUGUUCCUGUUCCCAAUUUCGAUAGGAAGGUACGCGAUAAUCGAGACCCUUUGAAUGUGCUUGUAGAUCCUUCCCUCGAUUCUAUAUUUAGGAAGUUAAGCUUUGUUUUCGACGAUUACUUGAGGUCAGCUAUAUCUUCGCUCUGUGUAGGAGCUAGCGUGGUCAAUAAAAAGAGGUAGACAUACCAGUUCUGU